AUGGUACAAAACAGGAUGAAGAUAUUUUUCGCAGUCUUAGUGUCUGUGAUUGGAUGCAAGGCUGGGUACCAGUGCCUCUCCUGUAACGGCAUCCACGACACAGACACGUGCGAGAACGUGGCCACGUGCGCGAGUGAUGAGCGCUGUUUUGGUGUCAGCCUGAUGACGGGAAACGGAAGCCGCUACUUGUCCCUUGGAUGUCGGGCCGACAAAGACUGCUGGGUUGAGGAACCGGGUGGAUCCCUGGUCGGCAAGCGGUCACGUGACAGGCGUGCAGACAACAACACGUUGCUAUGCAACCAUUGCUGUGAAGGCAACUUUUGCAAUCAAGCGCUAUGUGGACAUAGAGUGUCGACCACAUUAGCGCCACCAUUGACGCCCCUAGUCGGCACAGACCCGUGUCUUAGCACGCCCUGUCUCCAUGGUAGCUGUGUCCCCGCUCCGGGAGGAGGCUACUCCUGCAACUGUGGGCCCUGGUGGACGGGUUCCAACUGUGAGCAACUCGUCUUUCCUGGUGACCUGUGUGAUUUCCAAAGAAACAUGUGCCACUGGCAUAUGAGCGAAAGUAGCACCCUGGAGUGGGUACGCAACAAGGGGCCAACACCAAGUGCUGGCACAGGACCUCUCGCGGACCAUCGUAACAUCUCAUCUAACUUCUACAUCUAUCUAGAGGCAUCAGACAACUCGCUGCAGGUUGGUAAGAUGGAGUCGGCGGAGUUCCCUGGGGGCGAGUACUGUCUGGACUUCUACCUGUUUAUGUAUGGGCAGGACAUGGGCUCUUUGUCACUCAACGUCCUCUCUGGCUCCUACAACAUGAACGUGAAGUCCUGGCGCGGCGACCAGGGCCCCGUCUGGCUUCACAAGCGCCUAGACAUAUUCGUACAUGCUGACAGGAUAUUUAAUUUCGAGUUUGAAGGAAAGAUAGGCCAAGGUUACCGGGGCGACAUCGCUAUUGACGAUAUCUCCAUUCUACCCGGCAAGUGCUAGCUGAAGUUGUGUUACUAUUUGAAUUUCCUAUUGGCAAAAACAAUUUUGAAUGCUAA